AUGGGUCAGCAAGCGAAGAAGAGGAAGCACCAGGAAGUCUCGGCGGAAAAUGGGCGUUAUGGUCCGUAUGGCACAGGCGAAAAUACCUCCUCAAGAUUCUCAGAUUGGUUCGAACUCUUUUCAGUCCUUCGGACUCGUGUCGGACGCAAAAGGUUCAAGCGCCAUAGUUCAUGGCACAAGGGAGAGGAAGAAGAAAGGACACGACUAUCUUCGACCUGUAUCGAAACAUAUUCGAUCCUGAGGCCGAGACUUCUUGGUGGAGGUGAAGAAGAAUUCUUGUCUAGACAUGGUAGGGCACCAAAAUAUACGUCGAACGAGGCGGAAGAAUCCGCUGACAUCGACCAAAAGCAUGCCUGUAGCUUCGACCAGAUCCUUGAUAGUUUCAAUCCAAAGACGGCUUCAGAAACAACAACGGCUUCGGAAUUCCCUGAACCCGUUGUGUCGCAUGAUUGGAACACAAACAGAGCGUUCAGCAUCGACGAGGUCAAUGCUGCCGCCGCUGUCCUUACCCUUGUCUCUGACAUUUGCAGACGUUGUGGAAGACUGUCUACUGAAGACCAAGUCAUACUGCGUGAUACCUUGAAAGGGAUGCCAUACCUCUUGACACCUAUAGGAAGGAAAAACGAACCCGAACAGGCACUCAUGUUUCAGAUCGAGGUCUACGAGAACCCCGUAUCCUCAAGCUGGGGGCCUAUUGAAAGCUUCGACACUUUGCAAAAUUGGUUGGAAUUGCUUGAGAGGUUUGACAACUGUGCGGAGCUGCAUCCAAGCCAGGGACCAGGAGGUAUGUUGAUAGUGUGA